AUGAGGACAAAAGUCAGAGGGGUAUCCGAGCGGUUGCGGUCGUACGGUGUCUACCUCUCGCAGGAGGAGCUCGGACGUGCUCUCGACUCGGCGGGCCUCUCAACCGAAUCGGCCGCAGCCGCCGCAGCCGCUGGUCGACAGAUCGGCGGCAAAGACGGGCUCGAUCUUCUGCAGGCGGUGGUUGCACCGCUCCGCACCUCGCUUGUAGACUCGCUUGGCUUGGAGGUCUCGGACGCAUGUCUUGUUACUGCUGUUUUUGGUCGCCCUGACAUGCCCGCUGUCGCGCGGGAUGCUGCCCAAGGUCGCGUGGCGGCCCGUGACGGCAACGUCUCGGUCGACGACUUUGCCGAUGCCAUGUACGAGCUGUUUGAUGAGCAUGGUGGCGAUAAGCCGGGCGGCGAUCGGUCGGGCGCAGGGAAGGCCCGGUUCCAGGACGCCGCCCGCCGCCUGUUUGAUGAGCAUGGUGGCGAUAAGCCGGGCGGCGAUCGGUCGGGCGCAGGGAAGGCCCGGUUCCAGGACGCCGCCCGCCGCGUCAUCGCCAACCGCCACAAGCCGCAAGCAUCGCUCGCCAACACGUCGGUCGACGACUUUGCCGAUGCCAUGUACGAGCUGUUUGAUGAGCAUGGCGGCGAUAAGCCGGGCGCAGGAAAGGCCCGGUUCCAGGACGCCGCCCGCCGCGUCAUCGCCAACCGCCACAAGCCGCAAGCAUCGACGGCAACGUCUCGGUCGACGACUUUGCCGAUGCCAUCCUCGCUCGCCAACACGUCGGUUGACGACUUUGCCGAUGCCAUGUACGCGCUGUUUGAUGAGCAUGGCGGCGAUCGGUCGGGCGCAGGAAAGGCCCGGUUCCAGGAUGCCGCCCGCCGCGUCAUCGCCAACCGCCACAAGCCACAGGACACAUCGGUCGACGACUUUUCACAAGCGCCACCGUCAAUCGCGCGAUCGCCAACAUUGUCACCCUCAUCGUCGUCGUCGUCGCUCUCGCACAUAUCCUCAGGCGAGGUCACCCACUCCCAUGUUCCCCGACUGUCCCGUCCGCUUCAGCGCCUCGUCGCCUUCCUCGUCGACGCUCUGCACCUUGAUGACGAGCCAGCGUUCUCGCCCCUCAUCCGCCCGGUCUCCGAGCUCCGUGAUCUGGCCGACUUUGCUACCGCCCCUGCAUCGUUCUCUCUCGCUGCUGUUGCCGUCCUUGGCGUCGAUCUCGGCCGUGCGCUCCCGCGCAACCUCUCCAAACCGGCUCUGGUCGUCGAUGCGCUCUUUGCCUAUCGCAGCAAGUCUGAGGAGAGUGACAAGGAGCUGCCUGCUUCCGCAGAUCCUGAUUUUGCUUCUGCCUCGCGCAUCUCGCUCUCUCCCCAGCAGCCCGCAUCGCCGGACAUGUCGGUUCUAUCGGACGCCAACCUCUCGCUCGCUCGUGAGCUCAUCGUCGCCCAGCACGAGUACGCUGCCACCGUCUCGCUGCGCCAGGCCGAGGCUGAGCGCGCCUAUCGUCUGCGUCGCGAGCAGAAUGACCUCAACUACCGCAUCGCCCAGUUCCGCGCAGCAACUGCCUCGCUUGCUUCCUCGCCGCAGCCUGGCCUCCCGCUCUCGCUUUCGCCCAUCGCCCCGCCGGUCUCGAUCGCCUCGGCUUCACCGGCUCCGUUCUACGUUGCCCCGUCUACGUCGCCUCCGGCAUCCCCUGCUUCCGGCCCAGCCCCUCCUCCUGCUGCGCGCUCAUCUCCGCCAGCUGACACAUCAGCUGACACUCGGGUCCCGUGCUCACCCUCGCCCCAGAAGGUGUCCACCGCAGCCAUCCGCCCGUCGCCGCCGCCAUCCGACUCGGAGCUGCGCAUGGCAACGUACCUCGGCGAUCGUGAGCUGCGCAUGCAGCGAAACCUUGCUCUCAUGACCGGAAGCGGGAGCCCAAGCCUAUCGCUCAACUCCACCACACCCGGCUCGUUCCUUCCCCACCUUGCCCGCCGUUGA